GUGCCCGCUCCCGGCGCCCCGCCCGGGAUGUCCCGCAAACAGGCGGCCAAGGCCCGGCCCGCCGGGGCCAGGAAGGGCCGGCGGCCCCGCAACCCCCCCGCCGGAUCGGCCCCGGGCCCUGCACCGGGCGGCGGCGGCGGCCUCGCCGGGCAGCUCCGGGCCCUCGGCCUCAAGCUGCGGGAGGUGCCGGGCGAUGGCAACUGCUUGUUUCGGGCCCUGGGUGACCAGCUUGAGGGGCAUUCCAGGAACCACCUGAGGCAUCGGCAGGAAACAGUGGAUUACAUGGUGAAGCAGAGGGAGGACUUUGAGCCGUUUGUGGAGGAUGAUGUGCCCUUUGAGAAACACAUUACCAAUUUGGCCAAGCCUGGGACCUUUGCUGGCAACGAUGCUAUUGUGGCCUUUGCAAGGAACAAUCAAAUCAAUGUGGUUAUUCAUCAGCUCUAUGCUCCACUGUGGCAGAUCCGGGGCACAGACAAGAGCAAUGUGAGGGAGCUGCACAUUGCUUAUCGUUAUGGGGAGCACUAUGACAGCGUGAGGAGGAUCAACGAUGACUCAGAAGCUCCGGCAUAUCUUCAGGUGGAGAUGCUUUGCAAAAACAAUGCAAAUAAGACAGAGGAAGUGAAGCCACAGAAGGGCGACUCUGAGGAUGAGACUGAAGCGGAAAUGGAAAAUGCUGUACAAAAAGUGUGCAAUGCAACAGGGUGUUCAGACAUGGAUUUAGCAAGCCACGUCCUGGAAGUGGAGGAUUACAACAUAGAAUCUGAAAUAUUUGCGAUCUUACAAGUGAAGGAAGGAGAAGGAACAAGUACUGAGGAGCAGCAGGAACCCCAGAGCAGGGAUCAGAAAUCCUGCAGCAAAACACUGUGGGAGGAGAAUGGAAGUGGUUCAAGAAUCUUUGGAAAUCAGAGCUUGCAUCAAAGUGAAACAGGAAACAACAAAGGACAGGCUGGAUCCAGUGGAGAGAACCAAGCCAGCAGGAACCCACAGGUAGCUAAAAAACAGAAGAAGGAGCAGCAGAGGCUGGAGAAGAAGAAGCGGCAGGAGGAGAGGCACCGGCAGAAGGUCUUGGCCAUGAAGAACAACUGUGCAGACAACAGGACAGAGACAGACCCCACCAACCACAUCACCUUGGUGAAGACCAUGGCAGCCCUAAACAUAUGACUGAGUGUGUGCUGAGUACUCUGGGGAGAAAAGCAAAUAAAACCGAUGAAGACAAAACUCCCCCUGA